AUGAGCAGGUACCAAAGAAUACACGCUGUUCCAGAUUCUGGCUCAGCCUCAGACAACGAGGACCUGGGCCCUCCUGGACGUCCUACCCCGUUACAUUCCGUGCUUUAUCUGGCCCCUGGAGAAAAACAGCCACUUCAGCCUUUGGCCCAGUUGGACAGCUUGGACCAGUCGUAUGAAAAACCAGCACACGAACAUGUGAGUGAUCUGUCGGGAAGCCGCAGUUCCGUGGACCUGGCAGACGACCCGAUUAUGUUGGCUUCGCUGGGGCUGGAGACUCAGGUCUCUUAUAAGGGCCAGCACUCGUCCAAUGGCGACGACGACGACGAUGACGAUUUUGCCGAGUGGGACACUAUAGAUACCGCUACUGAGCAGGAUAGACUCAGACGCCGAGACUUGUCGACGCUGGAUGGUGCUCAGGGUAUCCACACGGAUAAUUUUGGCAAUUCGUAUGAUCACGUUGAUUUCGAUGCUAAAAGGUACACCAGGAAACUCAAGUUCAAGGGUAAGAAGCUUGUGUACUUUACGUCAGCGUUUGUUUCGCUUUUCGUGUCGCUUUUCGGUUACGAACAAGGUGUGUGCUCGGGUAUUUUGACGUUUGUCACUUUCAAAAUGUACUUCAAUUAUCCUUCUGCCACAGAGAUUGGGUUGGUCAUUUCCAUUUUGGAAAUUGGCGCCAUGAUUUCGUCGCUUAUGGUUUCGAAAAUCUCAGAUAGUAUCGGCCGGAAACGGACUAUCUUGUUGGGAACCGUGAUUUUCAUGCUUGGUGGAUGUUUACAAUCGUUUGCUACCAACUUGUGGGUUUUCGGCGUCGGCAGAGUGUUCAGCGGUUUCGGCGUUGGUAUUUUGUCUACCAUGGUGCCGCUGUACCAGUGUGAGAUCUCGCCGUCGGAAGAACGUGGUAAAUUGGUUUGCGGUGAGUUUACCGGUAACAUUGCUGGCUAUUGUUUGAGUGUAUGGAUUGACUACGCGUGUUACUUCAUUCAAGAUAUCGGUAACGCGAGAGAAGACCCUGAUACUCUUGCAGCCAAUGUUUCUUGGCGCUUACCUUUAUUCAUUCAAGUGGUUUUGGCCAUUAUUUUAUUUAUUGGUGGCUUCUUUGUCGUAGAGAGUCCAAGAUGGCUUCUCGAUGUUGAUAUGGACCAAAGAGGGUUCCAUGUUUUGUGUCUUCUUUUCCACGACGAUCCAGACCCUCUCAAGGCAGAGCACGAGUUCUUUUUGAUCAAGAACAGUAUUUUGGAAGAGAGAAUCAAGAUCCCUAAGAAGGAGAGAUCAUGGAGACACAUGUUGCGCCACUACAGGCUUCGAAUCUUUAUUGCCUGUUCGGCAUUGGCGUUUGCCCAGUUCAACGGUAUCAAUAUUAUUUCCUACUAUGCACCUAUGGUUUUCUCAGAAGCAGGCUUCAAAGAUUCUAUGGCGCUUCUAAUGACAGGUAUAAAUGGUACCGUGUACUUGCUAAGCACUAUUCCACCAUGGUUUUUGGUCGAUAGAUGGGGCCGUAAACCUAUUUUGGUUAGCGGCGGUCUUUCCAUGGGAAUUUGUCUUAGUUUAAUUGCUUUUGUGAUGUGGCUCAAUGUAGGAGCCACGCCGCUGUUAGUGGCUGUAUUGGUUGUUAUUUACAAUGCGUCGUUCGGUUACAGUUGGGGUCCAAUUGGGUUCCUUAUUCCACCAGAAGUGUACCCCUUGGCAGUUAGAUCCAAGGGUGUUUCGCUUUCCACUGCAACUAACUGGCUUGCAAACUACAUUGUGGGCCAGCUCACACCGAUUUUCCAAGAGACGAUCGGAUGGGCCAUGUACAUCUUCCCUGCCACCAGCUGUGCGCUUUCGAUCCUUACAGUGAUGUACUUUUACCCUGAGACCAAGGGAGUCGAAUUAGAGAAUAUCGACCAAUUGUUUGACGAAUACUACGGCACAGGCAAGGUUGGGUAUGCCCAAGUUGGAGACACUGGCAUGGAGCUUGACGAGUUUGACUAUGAGCUCGGAGUUGCCAAACCAGGCCCCGGCGAGGUUGAAGCGAAAGCAAAGAACGAGACGCUGCGGCUUUCGGGAGACCAGAGCUAG